AUGACCUCUCCGCGUUUCUUCUAUCUCAAGCCGCACACGCUCGACACGGCGGGUUUCGCGUACGGCUCAGGACAGCCCUCGGACGACCAAGACGUGGAAGUCCAUCGCGUUGCGAGCGGGCGCUGGAGUGAACUGAACGCCUACUCGGUAGCGCUGCCCCUGGCCUCUGUAAGCCGACGAGGAUGGCGCGUGAAGAAGCCCAGGGUGGCCUCGGAACCGGUCGAGACGUAUGCGAUGCGCCUGUGCGAGGGGCAGUCUACGCUCUCUACGAUGCCCGCGGAGAUGCGGGCGAUUCAUGAGGCAGCCUACUCAGCGUUCCAUGCCCGUGGGCGGGGAGCACUACGCUCGCUCGAAGCAAUCUGUAACAAGAUCGGAGUGGCUGCUGUCGAAGAAACCGGUGUGGUGCCAGUGUUCGACAUCAGUAGUAUGCAAGUGGCCCAAGUCUCUGCGAAGCAUGUGCUCGAUUUUGUAUUCUAUCAUGAUGGAAACCGCCGACCGCCCCCUUCCGUCAAGCUUGGAGACUCUAUUUUUGAUGAUCCGGCUGGCCAAGCACCGGCCGCGACAGCAACGGCUCGCGUCAGUUCGACUCCGGCAGUCACUACUGGGGCAGACCCGCUACAAGACUCCGACGAUGAUAGCGACAACAGCGUGGAAGAAAUAGGGGAGGCGGCGGUGCCGAGCCAGACCAGAGCCUCGACGAAGCGUGGCCGCGAGGGCGACUUGACAGAUUUCGGUCUACAGGCGCACGCUCGACCGCGCCUCCGUGACGAUGAAGCCUCCUCCGCGCAGCUACUCCUGGAUGGUGUACCUGGUGAGACUGGUGGAAAAGGUCAAUUUCGGGCGUCGCGUCUCCAGAACACGGUGCAUCAAGCCAUUGUCAACGUUCUUGUUGAGCACGUGCAGGCCCAGAUCGAACUGCUAGCGUUCCUCCCCCACCCUGCCGUGCUAAAAGGCUUCUUCGCGUGGGAGUUCGGGACUCGUGGACUCUCGCUCCUGCACUUUGGGCGGAUCGAUGCAACGUGCCGACGUCAGCUGCUUGCCAAGUACGACAUGUGCGACUUUUCAAGCAGCAAUGAACUACCACGACCUGUAGCAGCGAAGUCGCUGGACGACAUUUUGGCUGCGUUGGACGUACUGGCUGUAUUAGUCGAAGAAGUGUACCAGCCCUUCGUCGGAGGUGUCAUCAAGGCGGCACGGAAAUUCUUCCUCCUCCAGAAAACAUUUCGCUGCACUACCGACGAGGAGGAGCUCGUAGAUCUGGUGUUCUGGAUGGACGAACGCCUGGAAAGUGCCAUUCAGGACGAAUUCAAUGUUGCACACGAGUCGUUUGUCCAAGUCCAGAACAUCAUCCACGAACGGCGCCUUGGGUCUCUGCAGGCUUCAGCGGCAACAACGAGCCUGCCACCCCGCGGCCGUAACAAGCAGGAAGACAGCUUCUCGUCCCGAACAGGAGCAGCAGCCAAGCGGGUCCCGGAGUUUGUCCUCAACGCGUUGCCCAUCGCCCAAGGCAGGAAGUUGUGCAUGCGGUACUUGUCCAACCAGGGUUGUCGGUCAACGGGCCCCCAGUGCACGUUUGCGGGACGCGGCCACUUUCGGCCUCAACACCUCUCGGCGACGGUGCGCGAGUUCAUCGAGUCGCGUUAUGGGGGGUUAAAGCCCGAGUUUAAGGACCUGUGA